CACGCCUCAUCCCGCCUCUGCCCCUCGGAGAUCCGCGGGAGCUGCACGCCCCUGGGGCAAAGGAGGGGACUCGGCGGGGGUGGGCAAUUGAGGUCCCAGCUUUGCAAGUUUGGGGGCUGCCUGGCUGGCUCUUGAUCGCUUGUCUCGGCUCAGGAUGAAGCCCUGGCUGGCGCUGCUCCUGGCUGGGAUUUGGUGUCACAUCACUGCAGGGGAAGGGGACUCCGUCCAGGGCGGGAUCUGUUGGCUGCAGCAGGGCAAGGAAGCAAAAUGCACCAUGAUCCUAAAGGCCGACGUGACCUGGGAGGAAUGCUGCGGCAAUAGCAACGUUGACGUCGCUUGGUCCAACUACACCCAGCCAGGGAACAAGAUCAGCCUCUUGGGGUUCCUUGGGCUGGUGCCGUGCCACCCUUGCAAAGAGACCUGCGAGGGGGUGGAGUGCGGCCCUGGCAAAGUCUGCAAGAUGAAACACGGCCGUCCCCACUGCGCCUGCGCCCCGGAUUGCUCCAGCCUGCCCAGGAAGCUGCAAGUGUGCGGCUCGGAUGGCUACACCUACCGUGACGAGUGUGAGCUGCUGACAGCUAAGUGCAGAGACCACCCCGACCUGGAAGUGAUGUACCAGGGCAAAUGCAAAAAGUCCUGCUCCAGCGUGGUGUGCCCCGGGACCCACACCUGCGUCGUGGACCAGACAGGCAGUGCCCACUGUGUGAUGUGCAGGACGGCCCCCUGCCCUGAUCCCUCCACCCUGGACCACACUCUCUGCGGCAACAACAACGUCACCUACCCGUCUGCCUGCCAUCUACGGCGGGCAACCUGCUUCUUGGGCAGAUCUAUUGGAGUCCGGCACUACGGAAGCUGCUUAGCUGUGGCCAAGUUCCCCCUCGAUGUGGGUGAUGCCGAAGAAAACUAUGUGUGAAAUACUCCUUCUUUGCCAAGAGGCCAAACCCAGGAGACGGGCAUUAUGUGUAUAUUGUACAAACCAUAUACCUGAUAUUUAUUGAGAUGAAAGAUUCUUAUUUAUAUCUGUUUAUGUUAUGCAGACGCAUAGGGCCUGAUUCUCAUUACUCCGUUCCUGCGUCUGGGGCACGGGAGGGAGAUUAGGGUGGCUUUAAACCACUUUUCUGCUCCGCAUAGUCAUGGGUGGUUCAGAGCCUGGUGUAAGUUAGAGCAGCCUGGUGCUCUAACUUAUGCUCUGCUCCCCAUAGGAGGAAGUGACUAGCCAUAGCACAGGGCACUCCAACCAUGUCUUCAGUCUGUCCUCGGGCUGUGAGCAGGACUAUUGUACAAUCUUUACAGCAGCUCUACACUGACUGGGGAGGCCCCCAUAUGCAGGAGAAUUCUCUGGGGGCCAUUUCCACCUUUCUUAAUGCCCCUUUAUGCUGCCAGAGGGCCUAAGUGUCCCUGAGAAUUGGGCCCACGCUGUAUACUAGCCCCACAGCACUCUCGGAUGUAUUUAUUGUUUUGUUUUAAUUCUUGGUGCCCCCAUCUGCAGAAGUUCCUGGACCUGUCCACAGGAAUCUGAGGUUGAGCCUUCCCCUGAGAGACUUUCUGUCCUAGGGGCUCAGCUGUGGGGAUGAACAGCUCCCGACGGCAGGAAACUCAGUUCAAAGCUGUGGUGGUUGCAUCUUUUGUUUUCCUGAUCUUGUCCAAUCCAGCUCAUGUAAUAAGCAAUGUCAGUGAGGACGCAGAGGUAACGCAACCUCGCACACUGCCCUCAAGGCUGGGUUUCACACAAUGGGCAAGGGGGGCAAACUUUUUGCCAUUAUAACGCCAUGCCCCUGGGUGGCUCAUUGGCAGCAGGAGUAGAACCUGAGACCUCUGGAGCUAAAAGCAUCAGCUCUGGUAGCCAGUGCUGUGGCAGGCUCGUUGACCUCUAGCUCAGACUGCUCCCUACUAGACAGGAACAAUGUGCCACAUGAGUGGGUUACACCAGCCCAGAUCAUUGCAACCGCAAAGGGCUCCAGUCUGGAUUCAGAGCCAAAUUUACCCAGAAUUCAGUGGUGUUGGUCUCUGGGGUCUUCGUUCAGGCCCAUCUUGGUAAUACCUCUGGGGUUCAUUUUUUCAUUGUCCUGCACCUUUGCGUAGGGCGACCAGACAGCAAGUGUGAAAAAUUGGGCCGGGGUGGGAGGUAAUAGGAGCCUAUAUAAGAAAAAGACCCCAAAAUCGGGACUAUCCCUAUAAAAUCGAGACAUCUGGUCACCCUGCCUUUGCGGAGCCACUGAUGCCGGUGCAAAAUAAGUAUGCAUGGCAGCACUUUGCACUCAUUCAGAGGCUGUGAGACAAGGCAUCUGAGACCAGGGCCCCUAGGGGAUGUGCGUUGAAGAGACAGGCAGGCAGCUUUGGUCCUGACUCUGACCUCUCCUAACAUCAUUACAAACCUGAUCCCGCCUACAUCAUCUUUGCCCCGGCUUUAGGGGAGUCGCUCUGAUUGACAGCGGUAAGUGAGAAGAGAACCUGGCCCAGUGCCUUUUGGGUUUUAAAUAUCGUUCUGGGGUUUUCAAAUCAAUCCCUCGAUAGUUAACCCCCCGGUCGCCAUCAGGCCCAUGCUGAAAGGCCACUGCUAGCUACAGUGCAUGCUGCAGGUUGACUGCAAACUCUGUUUCCAGACUGGCCCCCUUCCCCCGGCUGCUGACACUGAGCACCAGUGCUGGGGCCCAAACGGGGGAGGAAUCCCAAAGACAGUCGCUCACUGGAAAGUGAGGAGGGCAGGCGGGAAGAGAGGGGAUGAGUGCUUGGCAAAUAGGGAAACGUUGCGAGACGAAGGUUGGCUGCGUGGUCAAGCCCUGAGGCUCAGGAGAUCUGGGUUUAAUUCCCAGCCCUGCCACAGCUUCUGUGUGUGACUUUGGGGUCCCUGUGCCCGUUCCACACCUGUAAAAAUGGGGGCAGUAGUUCUUCUGUUGUCUGUCUAGUCAGUUAGCCUCUCCUCCAGCCUCCUGCCGCUCUCUCCCCCUAUGUCAGCCCACAGGGGUCCUGAUGGCACCAGGAGUCUCUAGUUGCUAUUACAUUGGGUUGGCCUGUGGUGUCCUGGAAGUGGUGCCUGGCUCCUUUGUGACCCACCCCAGCUGCCCCCUCUCCAACAGGUUGAUACCCUCUGGAUCCUCAGCUCAGCUUCCUCCGAUCACAUCCCCGGUAUUUAUUUUUCACAUCCCCGGCGACAUCGUGUGUGUUGUGACCUGUGUAAAUAGCGUAUCGUCUCCAACACCACGCGGCUCGGAAACCGUUGCCUUCAUAUUAUUAUAUAGAUUAAAAAAUCCCCUCUUGUCUAUUUUUGUAUGGUUGUGUCCCCAUCCUUUAUGUAUGCCAUGUAACAUGUAUGUUUCCUAUUCCAUAUUG